AUGACAAGCACCAAGCAACGCGGGCGCCCCGCCGGCUCCACGAACAAGAACCGCAAAUCCAUCGGCUCCUCAGCCGCAACACCGCGCGGCAAGGGCGCAAAGACGCAGAAGCGUCUGUCGGGAGUAGAACCCGGCGACCCCCUCCCCCUCGGCCGCAAGAAGCCGCGCUACAAGCCCGGCACCCUCGCCCUGCGCGAGAUCAAAAAGUACCAAAAAAGCACCGACCUGCUGCUAUUGAAGCUGCCAUUUUCGCGCCUCGUCCGCGAAAUCGCCCUCUCAAUGACGGCCACGGGCGAGCCCAUGCGCUGGCAAUCGCAAGCCAUCCAAGCGAUCCAGGAAGCCGCCGAGGCCUUCCUCGUCCACCUCUUCGAAGACACGAAUCUCUGCGCCAUCCACGCCAAGCGCGUCACUAUUAUGCAGAAGGAUAUUCAGCUUGCGAGGCGCAUUCGCGGCGCUUGGGGAGGAUUGGGUUGA